GAUCGAUGAAGAGGAAGACGAGGAUCGAGCGCAAGCAGACGUCGAAUUCGACGCAGCGGACUGACGGGAGGUGCCGAGGAGCAGAGCUCGCGGAGGGCCGGGCAGGGUAGCGGAGGAGAGCAGCAGGGCCAGAAGCGAGGGAAGGCAGCGAGGAGACGUCGCGUGGAGGCCUGCGGGUCCGGCGUCGGUUUAAUUUCUCGGAAACGAGGGGUUCCAAUUGCGCUUUGCAGGGAGGGCGAUUAGAUUUUUUGUAGGAAGAUGAUGGGCUCGAGAAGGAAAUGCACUCCCUCAUGUCCGCACCAGUCGUUUAGACUGCUUUCGCACCAGCGUUUAUUGAUCGUUACCUCUCUCUUUCUUCGAGCUCUGAAUGUGUACGCUUCUACUGCUGCCUCGUACCUGCAAGAAGGUGAUGCUGCGGUUGCCAAUGGUGACUACACUAUCGCGGUCCGUCAUUAUAGCAGUUUUAUUGAUUUGAAUCCUGCUGCAGCAAUAGGCUACUCCAAGCGGUCGGCGGUUUAUGUACAGCAAAAAAAAUACAAGGAAGCCAUCUAUGACUUGGAUAAAGCUGUCGAAGUUGAUCCAGUAUUUGUUCAGGGUUAUUUGAAUAGGGGCCGCCUUUUUCGACAGAGCUGCAGGUUUGAAGAGGCGGAAAAAGAUUUCAAUAAAGUUAUUGAGAUCAACCCGGAGCACACAACCUCAAGGAAAGAACUUGCGCAGUCCUUGCAAGCCAGGGAGAGCCUUUUGGAUGCUCUUUCUGCCUUUGAUGCUGGUGAUAGCUCAAAAGCGCAGGAACUUUUGCGCAAAGUUUUCUUCCUAUCCCCUGAAUGCCUCAAGGCAAGAUUAUUACAAGCAAAGCUGCUGCUGAAGACUAAGGACUACGAUGGAGUUGCAGUAGAGGCGGGACAAGUCCUUAAGCAAGACGAUACCAACUUGGAAGCUCUGCUCUUGAGAGGACAAGCUUACUUUUAUCUUGGAGAUAAUGACCUUGCUCUCAGACAUUACCAGUCAGGCCUUCGAUCCGAUCCGGAGCAUAGUGGGCUGAAGAAAGAGUACCACAAGCUCAAAGCCCUCAUAAAAAAGACGAAGAGCGCUGAUGAGGCUGCAUCGAAGGGCAAGUUCCGUUUAGCUGUUGAGGAGUAUCUGGCAGCACUGAACAUUGCACCGGAUCAUGAUAUCCACAACGUGAAACUCUACAUGGGACUCUGCAAUAUUUGUGUCAAGCUUGGACGCGGCAAAGACGCAGUUGAACACUGCUCCUCCGUGUUGAAAAUAAAUGAAGAAAAUUUGGACGCUUUGGUUCAGAGAGGUGAAGCUAAGUUGCUAAUUGAAGACUUUGAAGGCGCUGUUGCGGAUCUCAAAGAAGCUGUGCAAAAAUCCCCACAGGAUCGAAGCAUAAGAGAGAUACUCCACAAGGCAGAAAAAUUACUGAAGGUAAGCAAGCGCAAGGACUGGUACAAGGUUCUACAAGUGGAUAAGAUGGCGUCAGCAGCCGAUAUCAAACGCGCGUAUAAAAAGCUUGCUCUACAGUGGCAUCCUGAUAAAAAUGUUGAAAAUCAAGAAGAAGCCGAAGCGAAGUUUCGAGAGAUUGCAGAAGCGUACGAGAUUUUGGGUGAUGAGGAGAAGAGAGGUAGGUAUGAUCGCGGCGAGGAUGAAGAGCAAAACAUGGGUGGUCCUGGAUUCGACCCAUUUCAUGGGGGUGGCCAAACAUUUACAUUCUACUAUUGAUGGAGUUUUUUCUCGUAGGUUUCCAUCAACAUUCUUUUUGAAAUUGAAUAAGAUCUUAGAUUGGCUCUUCACCCUGCCGCGGAAGAGAGUAGUAAGGGUGGCGUGGGCAAGCUUGUGACUUGGGUGAGGGGCAGUUAACUUGCCUUUUACUCUACAGGCCGGAUAGUUCUUACUUUGUAUAAAGGAAACAAGUGUUAAAGAUAUGAAAAGAUGUUUCACUUGGGGUGAGACUUGCAAAGAUUCUGUUCUGCGGAGAACUCUUUGUUCAAUAUCAGAACGAGUAAGGAAGCCGGAAAUUGAUGUGUUGAAACGUAUGU